UCUUCUUUGGUUAUUGUCGGCUCUUACGAACAACGUAUCACUUUAGGUCGCGGAGGCUCAUCCACUGUCAAAAUCGGACGCCGUAACCGCCAAAUCAGUCGUACACAUGUCGCUAUUGAAUAUAACUCCAACAAUGAUCAUUUCGAAUUGGUAGUCUUAGGCCUCAAUGGUGCAACUGUGGACAAUGUUCUCUAUCGCCAACAUGAAAGAGCUCUUUUGUCAGAUUAUUCGUUUAUUGACGUCUUGGGUGAUACUUUACUCUUCCGACUUCCUGCUCUCCAAGCCAAAGAAUCUCAAGAAAAGCUUUUCUUAGACAAAAAGAGUUCGCCAUUACACCAAGGUAUGGAUAGCGCAUUAUCAUCACCAUCAUCACCAGUAUCAUCAUUAGUAUUACAACCAAAGGAACCGACUUUAGACCAAAUCGAAUCCACAACUCAUGAAACAUCUGAAUCAGUGACUCCCAAAGUAGAAGAAUCAGCAUCUGUCAACUCCCUUGACUCCACAGCAAUCAACGAAAAUGAAGAUAACGAGGAUGAUGAUAAAGAAAAUGUACCAUCUUUGGAACAAGAAGAUAAAGACACAACAGAUUAUGCUGAAAAUAUUAUUGAUAUUUUGGUCUUUUCAAGGAAAUCAUCUAUGCCAAUCAGUGAUAUUUGCUCGCGUAUCAUCAAGACAAAUCCAGCUUACAAGAAACAAGAUCGAGAAGUAUGGACCAAACGAAUUCAACGAGUACUCAAAGAGAAGGCAUUCUUUGGAGAAAUUGUACGAAAAGGAAAAACAGCUGAUGGAUCACCCAAGGAAAAUCUCUACUACUACAACAGUGACAUGGAUCCUGUAGAAUGGCGUCGCGCAACCUAUACUCAAGUUGGACGAAGUGCUCGGAAGUGUACAUUACAAGACAAGCAAUACUUUUGGCGUAUUCCCCCAAAGCUUGGUAAAAACCGUCAUGCAUAUAUUCCUCCUCCAGCUCCUCUUCAAGAAAAACGCAAAUUGGAUGUGGAUCCCUCUGAUGAUGAUCUCUCCGUGAAAAAACAAAAG